AUGCCUUUCCAGGAGCCAAUCGCCAUCAUUGGCAGCGCCUGUCGCUUCGCCGGGUCUUCCACAACACCGUCCAAACUUUGGUCCCUGCUGCGUGACCCGGUGUCCCUGCAGCGAGAAAUUCCCACGUCGCGGUUCAACGCGAGCGCCUUUUACAAAAGCGAUGGUACGCACCACGGGGCUAUGAAUGUACUCCAUUCAUACUUGCUAGAUCAAGACCCCCGCGUGUUCGAUGCCGAGUUUUUCGCCAUAAACCCACUCGAGGCUAGGGCGAUGGAUCCGCAACAGCGGAUGCUUUUGGAGGUUGUUUACGAAACGCUCGAAUCCGCUGGUUUGUCGAUGGAUAAGUUGAAAGGCAGCGACACGGCCGUCUUUGCAGGCCUGAUGUGCGGCGACUACGAAGCCAUGCUUCUUCGGGACUUGGACCAGGCGCCAACCUACUUUGCGGUCGGUACCUCAAGAGCUGUGCUCUCCAACCGCAUAUCUUACUUUUUCGACUGGCACGGCGCCUCAGUCACCGUCGACACGGCCUGUUCGUCGAGUUUAGUAUCGGUACAGCAGGCCGUGCAGGCCCUGCGUAAUGGCGAUUCACACAUGGCCGUCGCCUGCGGGUCGAACCUAAUCCUAGGGCCAGAGAUGUACAUAAUAGAAAGCAAGCUUAAGAUGUUGUCUCCCGACGGAUUAAGUCGCAUGUGGGACAAGGACGCGAAUGGAUAUGCGCGCGGCGAGGGAGUGGCCGCCAUGGCGCUUAAAACCCUAAGUCAAGCACUGGCCGACGGCGAUAACAUUCAAGCCAUCAUCCGUGAAGCGGGUGUGAACCAAGACGGUGCAACCUCCGGGUUGACAAUGCCAAGUGCGUCGGCCCAAAGGGAGCUGAUCCACACAGUUUACCGCAAGGCCGGACUCGACCCAACCAAGCCAGAAGACCAACCGCAAUAUAUCGAAGCGCACGGAACAGGAACACCCGCUGGAGACCCCGUGGAAGCCGAAGCACUUAGCACGGCCUUUUUCCCAUCGUCGCACCCAGUUGAUCAGCCUAUUUAUGCCGGGUCCAUCAAGACGGUGCUGGGCCAUACAGAAGGCACAGCAGGCAUCGCCGCGCUCCUUAAAGUCGUGCAGGCCAUUAAAAACUGCACCAUCCCUCCCAACCUUUUGUUCAACGAACUGAGCCCCAAGGUCGCUCCUUUCUACGGCAACGUUCGCAUCCCAACCAAGCCACUGCCCUGGCCCCCUGUACCUGCAGGCCAGCCAAAGAGAGCCAGUGUCAACAACUUCGGCUUCGGUGGAACAAACGCUCACGCCAUCGUGGAGAGCUACUUGGACCCCCGGGGUGACACCGGAGCUGACGUUGGUCAGGACCGCCUUUUCACGCCCUUUGUCUUCUCGGCCGCUUCUGAGCAAUCCCUCCGUGCCAACCUCACGGCGUACGCCGAGUAUUUGUCCCAAAAUCCAGACACGGAUGUCCACGCCCUGGCUUACACCCUGCGCGAUCGGCGGUCGCAGCUGGCCUACCGUGUCGCCUUGGAUGCCAGCACAUUGCCAGACCUUGUUGCCCUUAUCAACCAGCGGCUAUCCGACACCGAAACCCCCUUGGGCACUCGCGGCAUGCGCAAGCGGGAUGAGCCUCUCAAACUCCUGGGCGUGUUCACCGGGCAGGGUGCACAGUAUGCGCGGAUGGGUUCAGAACUCGUUCAACAAUCACCCUUUGCCGAGGGUAUAAUAAAGUCCCUCGACCAAAUCCUGGCCAGUCUACCCGAGGAGGACCGACCGACGUGGACUUUACAGGCACAAAUUCUAGCCGACGAAUCCACCUCGCGCGUUUCCGAGGCCGCCAUCUCACAACCGCUCUGCACAGCCAUCCAAAUCCUCCUCGUCGACAUCCUCCGCAUCGCCGGCAUCCAUUUCAGCGCCGUGGUGGGCCACUCGAGCGGCGAGAUUGGCGCGGCCUACGCGGCCGGAUAUCUUUCAGCGCGGGACGCCAUCCUGGUGGCUUACUACCGUGGUUUCCACUGCAAGUUGGCGCACAGCCCCAAUGGUUCCCGCAAAGGUGCCAUGAUGGCGGUCGGCACGACGUUCCAAGACGCCAUGGAAAUCUGCUCCGAGGAGGAAUUCGUCAACCGCGUCGGCGUGGCCGCCUGCAACUCCGAGUCCAGCGUCACCAUUUCGGGCGACGAAGACGCCAUAGACGAGGUUGCGGCGAUCUUGGCCGACGAGCAAAAGUUCCACAGGCGACUGCGCGUCGAUCAGGCCUACCACUCGGCGCACAUGCUCCCGUGCAGCGGUCCUUACAUCGCCUCCCUGCGCCGCGCCGGCGUCGAGGCCCUGCCUGGCAACCCGGACUGCACAUGGUUCUCGAGCGUGUUUGAUGGCGUGCCCGUCGACGCAGCCAAGCACCAGCUGAGCGAUGACUACUGGACACAGAACAUGGUCAAGCCUGUGCUCUUCUCGCAGGCCCUGACCGCAGCCGUCUCAUCCAUAGCAUUCGACGCAACCUUUGAGGUAGGGCCGCACCCUAGCCUGGCAGGACCAGCCGCGCAGGUCAUAGACGCGGCGCUCAACAAAAGAAUUCCCUAUCACGGCGUCCUGGACCGCAAAAGGCCAGCCACGACCGCCUUGUCUGCCGCCCUUGGCUUCUACUGGUCGCACCUGGACAGCACAUCGUUGGCCCUUAGCACCUGCGAAACAGUAUUAUCUGGCUGUCCGGACCUGGCCACACGGUUCAGAGUCUUGUCCGACCUUCCUCGCUAUCAAUGGAAUCACUCUGUCCAGCACUGGGCCGAAUCACGACGGUCGCGGCAGAUCCGGGAGCGCGCAGACCCUCCUCACGAGCUGUUGGGCAGCCGGUCUCCGGACAGCGCGGCGCACGUGGUUCGGUGGCACAACGUGCUCAAGCCCAACGAGAUGCCGUGGCUCGUGGGUCACCAGGUUCAGAAGCAAAUUGUCCUGCCGGCCGCCGCGUACGUCUCUACCGCCAUCGAAGCAGCCCGUUCUUUGUGCCGGGCCAAGACGGUCCAACUGAUCGAGUUGAGCGGGUUUCAUAUCCACAACGCUAUCAUGUUCAGCAACGAUGGUAGCGGCGUCGAGGUUCAGAUCGAGCUGACUACUAUCGCCGAAACCGAGGACUCCAUCUCGGCCAGGUUCACCUACUCGGCAGCGACCAGUGGCUACUCGACCGACCUGGUGCUCGCCGCUGAUGGCCAGCUGGAGAUAACGCUGGGCGAGCCAUCGACGACCCUUUUGCCUCCCCGCCCCGAAGCCCCGCCGCACAUGAUCCCCGUCGAACCAGAGCGUCUCUACGGCUUCAUGCAGGGUCUCGAGUACGACUUCUCAGGGGCGUUCCGCUCGCUGAUCAAGAUGGAACGCAAGCUGGGCAAGGCUGUCUGCGUGGGCCAAAAGGCAGCCACGUCGGUUGCAAACGCCGACGCCGUCAUGCUUCACCCCAUCGACCUCGAUGCCGCAUUCCAGUCGGCCAUCUUGGCGUACAGCUAUCCCGGAGACGACCAGCUUCGGCGUCUCCACCUUCCCACCACCAUCGCCAAGGUGACUGUCAACCCGGCCGUGCUCACCUGCGCAGCAUACGCGGCCAGCGAGACCAUGGCGCUGGACUCCACAUGCAGCGGCCAGGACAUGGCCUCCCCGGGAUCCGGGUUCUCGGGCAGCGUAGCCUUGUACGCACCCGGCCAAGACCACGCAGCGGUACAGGUGGACCAGCUGCAGUUUCUCCCCGUGGGGUCCGACGCCAGCAACGACCGAGACGUCUUCUACAAGACGCAUUGGCUACCCGCCCGGCCCAACGGCCAUACGGCGGCCGCCAAGAUCCCCAUCACGCAAGCCGAUCGUGAUCUCAUGUUUGUGCUGAGUCGGAUUGCCGCCUACUACCUGCGUGUGUUUGACGGCAUGGUGGCCGAGGACGACCCGGCACGCGUCGAGAGUCCGCUCUGUCACUAUCUUAACUACGCCCGGCACAUGACGAAUUUAUUGAAGGAGGGCGAGCACAAAUGGGCCUUUGUCGACUGGCUCGAGGACACGGAGCAGGAUGUGUUGGAUUACAUUGAUAAAUAUGGAUACGCCGACAACUCCGACGUUCGAAUAAUGCUCCUAGUCGGCAGCGUCAUGCCGCGUGUCUUCAAGGGCGAGACCAACAUGCUGCAACACUUUCGCGAAUCCGGGCUGCUGGACGAGUACUACUCGCACGGCUUCGGGACCCGCCAGUGCACCAUGUGGGUGGGUGCCGUGCUAGAGCAAAUCACCAACGCGAACCCACACCUCUCCAUCCUCGAGGUCGGUGCCGGGACCGGCGGCGCAACAAAACGGAUCCUGGACACCAUCGGCGGGGAUUCGGUCGGCAGCUACACCUUUACCGACAUCUCGUCCAGCUUCUUCGAGAACGCGGCCGAGGCGCUCGGCGAGUGGAGGGAUAAGCUGGCGUUCAAGGUCUUCAACGCCGAGGUGGACCCAGUCGCGCAGGGCUUCGAGGCCGGCACCUACGACGUCGUCGUCGCCUUCAUGGUGGUGCACGCGUGCGCCAGGUUGGACGAGGCCGUGGCGAACCUGCGCCGCCUGCUCAAGCCCGGCGGGCUUUUAGUUCUGGGCGAGGGUGCCAGCGACGGCGCCAUGCAGGCCGGCGCCGGCUUCAUCUUUGGCACGCUGCCGGGCUGGUGGCGCGGCGUCGACGAGGGCCGCACCCUUUCCCCGCUCGUGAGCGCCGACGAGUGGCACACCAUCUUACGCGGGGCCGGCUUUUCUGGCAUCGACACCAUGUCUCCCAAGUCUCUGUUUGACGCUUUCGGCAUCACCCUCUUCGUCUCCACGGCCGAGGACGACCGGGUGGCCUUCCUCCGGGAGCCGUUGGCUGCCGAGACGGCUCUCAUCCGCAACAAGAGCCUUUUGAAAAACGGCGUGGUUCUCCUGGGGGGUGCCACCAAGCCCGUGGCCAAGCUGGUUCAAGAUAUCUGCAAGACGCUGGGCCCCGUGACGGACAAGAUAACCGUGUUUGCAACGCUGGAAGAAGCCGACAGCUCCGCGUUGGUGGACGACCGACUCGUUAUUAGUUUGAUAGACCUCGAGGCUCCGGUCUUCAAGGACAUCACUCCGGUGCGGUGGGCCAAGUUCCGCAAGCUCUGGGAGCAAGAAGGCCAUCUUCUGUGGCUGUCAAGCGGUCGUCUCGCCGACGAGCCUUAUUGCAACAUGACGGUGGGAUUUGCCCGCUCGGCCGUGCACGAGCUGGACGGUUUGAACGUCCAGUUCCUCGACGUGCCGCGAAUCCAGGACCUGACCGCCAAGAUGGUGGUCGAAGCCGCCUUGCGCUGGGUUACGCCCGAGCUCGACGGCGGCAACACCACCAUCAGCCCCAUAUCAUACACCAAAGAGCCCGAGGUCAUAUUCGACGAGCAAGGCUGCGAGCUGGUGCCGCGGCUGUUCACCAUCAAAGAUGCCAAUGACCGGCUAAACUCAACCACGCGACCCGUUUUCCGCCAGGUCGACACCAAGAACUCCGUCAUCGAGCUGGUUCAGGGUGUCGAAGGGGCUCAUCUCCGAGAGCUGUCGCGCUAUGAAACCUGCGAGGCUCUCGUGCCACAGCCGCCACCUGGUGAGACGAUGGGCCUGCGUGCAACCCAUAGCGUCGCCUCGGCGAUCCGUACCCUUGGUGGCUAUCAAUUCCUUGUCGUUGGUGCCGAUGACCAGGGCAAACACUACCUGACCCUGUCGUCUUCACCAAGGUCUCGGUUCAAGGUACCGCCAGCUUCGGCGGCUCAAAUAAUGGAUAGUCAGAUCAGGACGGAAUCGUACAUUGUACUGGUUGCCGUUGAGCUGAUCGCCUUAUCCAUUGUAGAUCCUCUUUUUGCAGGUCAGAAGCUCAUGGUGCACAAUCCUUCCGAGGUUUUGGCUCAAGCCGUCAAGGCGCACGCCCAGGCGAAGCAAGUCACCGUCAUCUUCACCAGCUCCACCAACGAGGCACUCUCGGUUCCUCACUUAACGCUGAAUCCGUAUACCUCCCGGUCCACCCUCGCAGAGAUGCUGCCUUCUGGUAUUGCCAGCUUCAUUGGCUUCUCUCCCAGCGGCCAGGACAAGCUAGAGGACAAGAUCAUGUCGCUACUUUCUCCCCACUGCACCAAGGCAACCAGGCAAACUCUCUUUUCGCAGACAGCCACAACAGCAGGAGCUCCUGGUGUGGUCUUUGAUGACCUCUUGGUGCGCGCCAUUGCCGCAGUCCAGGGUCGAGACUCUGUGCCUCUUGUGACGAUGACGGCUUCGCUCGAGUCCUUUGUCGGAGGAGAAACACACAGCGAGCCGUUGACAGUUGUGGAUUGGACGGCAGACUUGAUCCCGGCCCGUGUGUCUCGUAUCGAGGCCACCCAGCUCUUCAAAUCGGACAAGACGUACUGGCUCGUGGGAUUGUCCGGAGCACUGGGAAUAUCUCUAUGCGACUGGAUGAUCGAACGUGGAGCUCGUUACCUCGUACUGACCAGUAGAAACCCAAAGAUCGACGAGCGGUGGAUAAAAGACCACGAGAGUCGUGGGGUAACCAUUAGAAUAAUGCUUUGUGACGUAACCAUCGAACCCGCGAUCCGCGACGUCCACCAAACCAUUGUCAACACCAUGCCGCCCAUCGUAGGCCUCCUCAACGGGGCCAUGGUUCUCCGCGACGUAUCUGUGCCCAACAUGGAGUUUGAGCACGUCACCGAUGUGAUCCGACCAAAGGUGCUGGGCAGCAUUCACCUCGACCGCAUCUUCCACGACGUCGACCUCGACUUCUUCGUGCUGCUCUCGUCCAUCAACUGCGUCAUUGGCAACGUGGGCCAGGCCAACUACGCCGCCGCCAACAUGGGCAUGAUCGGCGUGGCUGGACAGCGCCGCAAGCGCGGCCUGCGCUCGUCCGUCGUCAACGUCGGCGCAAUCAUAGGCGUAGGCUACAUCACCCAGUCGGCACGCCAGCUCGAUGUGACCGUGGCAAAGGCGGCAAUGAUGCACCUGUCGGAGCAGGACUUUCACCAGAUUUUCGCCGAGUGCAUGGAGGCUGGCCAUUUGGACAACGACGUCGGGCCCGAGAUUUCGACUGGUCUCCUCCGCGUACCGCCCGACUCCAUAAACAUCCCGCCGUGGUACUCGGACCCCAAGUUCACCCGGUUCCGCAUCCAACAGGCAGCCGCUGGAGGGGGCAAAGAUUCGCAAGAGACUGCAGGCUCGGCUUCCAUCGAGGAGCUGCUCCAGGCCUGUCGGACAAAGGAAGACGUUGAACGGGUGGUCAAGUCGGCGUUUGGUGCGCAGCUGCGCAGGACGAUCCAGGUAUCGACUGCCGACGAGGAUCUGAUGACCAUGCGUGGAAUCGAGUUGGGAUUCGAUUCACUCAUCUCGGUGGAUCUGCGAUCUUGGUUUUUUAGAACAUUCCAGGUCAGCAUCCCCGUUCUCAAGAUCAUGGCCAACGACGUGCACAUGUCCAGUCUGGUGGAUAUGGUGGUCGAUAGCCUGCCCGCCGACAUGACGCCUGGCAUCCUUCGUGAAACCUCGAGCGAGGGCAGCAGCAGCGGCAACGAAUCUGGCUCUUCUCAGCAUCAAGACGACAGCUCGGGCUCGUCGGGCCUCGUCUCGCCGAUUACCACACCUGGUGGCGAUUCGCCUCGUCUCUACGAGGACAAGGUUAAUUGGGACGAUGAAAUAGUCGCACCUGAUUCGGAAAACCCUGCCGACUACGCUGACGCAGAGCCUCCCAAGGCAAAGCCCGAGGUCAUUCUCCUAACCGGCUGCAGCGGUCUCCUCGGUCAUCAUCUACUGAACCACCUGCUGGCCGAGGACCAGGUUCGUAAAGUCAUCUGCGUUGGGGUGCGGCGUCUAUCGGACCGACUCGCAUCAGGCGACCUGCCUUGUCCAAAAGACCGCCUCGUCUACCACGAGGGCGACUUGACCAUGCCGCGAUUCGGCCUGACAAGGACCCAAUGGGUGUCGAUCUUCAGCGAGGUGGACGCCGUGGUGCACAACGGCUCCGACACGUCCCACCUCAAGUACUACCAGGCCCUCCAGCAAGCCAACGUCGAAUCGACCCGGCAGAUCAUAUCCGCCUGCCUCCCUCGCAAGGUGCCCGUGCACUACGUGUCCUCGGCCGGAGUGGCUCUGUUUGUCGACGAGGCCGAGUUCCCCGAGGUCUCGUGCACGACGACGGGCAAGCUCCCGCCGCGCGACGGGUCGCACGGCUACAUGUGCGGCAAGUGGGUGUGCGAGAACAUGCUGGAGCGGGUGCACGCGCGCGACGACCUGCCGGUGGUGAUCCAGCGGCCCUCGACCAUCAUGCGCGAGGGCGACGACGCCAAGGCCGCCCGCGCCGAGUUCGACUGGGUCAACGCCCUGCUGCACUACGCCCACGAGACGCGCGCCGUGCCGAGGGUCGACCACAACGCCGGCGCCUUCGACCUGGUCUCGGUGGACACGUGCUGCCGCGACGUCGUGCGGGAGCUGCGCCGCGGUGUCGUGGUGGGCGAUCCCAUCACCUACGUCAACAAUGUCGGCGACGAAAUCAUCCCCUUCAAGGACAUGGCCGAUCUAGGGCUGAAGCGCGUCGGCGCGAGGUAUACCGUCCUCUCGAUGCUGGAUUGGAUCAGGACCGUGAUUGACGCCGGCAUGCACCCGGCGGUGGCUGCCCUGAUCGAAACCUUUGACGAGCCUGGAACGCAGAGUUAUCCAAAACUUUUGCGAGAGAGGAAGGACUGA